UGUGUGUGUGUGUGAGCGAGAGGGCGAGAGAGAGGGAGUGAGAGAGUGAGAGAGAGAAAGAAUAAAAGGAAAGAAGAUUUCUCUAUGUAUAUAAAGAUGGCUACGUUAGCAAACGGACAGCCAGACAAUACCAGCCUCAGUAACAAUCAUAGCAGCCCAGGCACCAACGGGCACUUGAACGGAUUAAACCACAGCCCCGGGAGUCAGUCUACCAUCCCCAUGAAAGACCAUGAUGCCAUUAAGCUGUUCAUUGGGCAGAUCCCCCGCAACCUGGACGAGAAGGAUCUGAAGCCCCUCUUCGAGGAGUUUGGCAAGAUUUAUGAGCUGACGGUGCUGAAGGACAGGUUCACCGGCAUGCACAAAGGCUGCGCUUUCCUAACGUACUGCGAGCGAGAGUCCGCCCUCAAGGCCCAGAGCGCACUGCAUGAACAGAAGACACUGCCGGGGAUGAACCGGCCGAUCCAGGUGAAACCUGCAGACAGCGAGAGCCGAGGAGAGGACCAAAGUGUGUGGGCUGGGUUCCUAGGAAAGCAGGAAGGAGGGAGGUCAGCAAGGAAGCUCAUACAACAGCUUCGCAACAUCGAGGAGUGCACCAUCCUGCGGGGACCCGACGGAAACAGCAAAGGGUGUGCCUUCGUGAAAUAUUCCUCCCAUGCCGAGGCCCAGGCUGCCAUCAACGCCCUGCAUGGCAGCCAAACGAUGCCGGGAGCCUCGUCCAGCCUCGUGGUCAAGUUUGCUGACACGGACAAGGAGCGGACAAUGCGGCGUAUGCAGCAGAUGGCGGGGCAGAUGGGCAUGUUCAACCCCAUGGCCAUCCAGUUUGGGGCCUAUGGCGCCUAUGCACAGGCACUGAUGCAGCAGCAGGCGGCCAUCAUGGCAUCCGUGGCCCAAGGUGGCUACCUGAACCCCAUGGCAGCAUUCGCGGCGGCCCAGAUGCAGCAGAUGGCGGCGUUGAACAUGAACGGCCUUGCGGCUGCCCCCAUGACCCCAACCUCAGGUGGAAGCACCCCUCCUGGCAUCACUGCCCCAGCUGUGCCUAGCAUUCCAUCUCCCAUUGGAGUCAAUGGGUUCACUGGUCUUCCCCCACAAGCGAAUGGGCAGCCCGCAGCCGAAGCUGUGUUUGCCAAUGGCAUCCACCCAUACCCAGCACAGAGUCCCACCACUGCAGACCCGUUGCAGCAGGCCUACGCGGGAGUCCAGCAGUACGCAGCUGCCUACCCUGCUGCUUAUGGCCAGGUCAGCCAAGCGUUCCCACAGCCACCUCCCAUGAUCCCACAGCAACAGAGAGAAGGACCCGAGGGCUGUAACCUGUUUAUCUACCAUCUGCCCCAGGAGUUUGGGGACGCUGAGCUGAUGCAGAUGUUCCUGCCUUUCGGUAAUGUCAUCUCCUCGAAAGUGUUUGUGGAUCGGGCGACAAACCAAAGUAAAUGCUUUGGUUUUGUGAGUUUUGACAAUCCUGCCAGUGCUCAGGCUGCCAUCCAAGCCAUGAACGGCUUCCAGAUUGGCAUGAAGAGGCUGAAAGUGCAGCUGAAGCGACCGAAGGACGCCAACCGCCCUUACUGAAGACCCAUGGAGGCCAUCGGGGAUACCAAGGACUCGCACAGGACAGGAUGCUGAACAGGCUCCAUUUAAAAAAAAUAUCUAUCUAUAACGAGACCUGUUGGAUAACACCUUUGACAUAUCAGCCAAUAUCAAGCAAGCUGAAGACUCCAGACAUUCUCUCUCUUUGAUUGUUUUAGACUGUAACCUUUCUUCAAGAAAAAGGAUCUCGUCUGCUGAGUUCGGAGGACACGCGCUUGGGGAAAACAAAAUAUAUAGAGACGACCUGAAAAAGAAUAAAACACACACACAUGUGCGCAAGGGCACACACAUACAUACGUAAACACAGACACACACACACAUACAGACACACACACGUGCACACACACACCACAGACACUGGCACACACUGACACAACAUGACACUGAAAGAGACCAGACCGCAAACGGAGACAGGACGGGAAGAGACCCUGCUAAAUAACCUCAGACGCUUCCCGCCACGGCUGGGGGCCGCCAUUCUGUGGGAGCGGGCGAGGAGUGCCAACAGGCCAGACCGUCCACAAGCCGGUCUCCGGCCCGAUGCCCGGGGGCGGCCAUAGAAGCAUCUCUAUCUGUCAUUCCUUUAGCUAUUUAGGGACCAAAGGACCAAACUUUUUAUCGCAGACUUGUAGCUGUAUGUAAAAUAUGGGGAAGAAGGGGGGGGACACGAACAGACAAAAAAAGAAAAAAAAAAUCACAAAAAAUAUCCUCCUUCCUUCCUCCUCUUUGCUGUUCCUAAAACAGCCCGGGAGCAAUUCUAUGACAUAUGUAAAAAAAAAAAAAAAAGGAAAAAAGGGAAAAAAAAAUAACGCUUCGAUGCUUUUAAAAUGGCAAGAUAUAUAGUUCUUUGAUACUCGGGAGGCUCUUUGGUUACAAUAAUUCUAGUAUAUGAAACUUUCCUAUGGUUUUCUGUAUAAUCUGUAUGGAUCGAGCUGUUAAGACAAGGAAGAUGGAUAUCUGGGAAAAGCAGAAAAAUCAAUAAGAUGUAAGACAACCACGCGGAAAAAAAAACAAGAAAAAAGGGCAAACGAGGAAAGAUGGUGAUGAAAAGGGUUGUACAUGCUUCUAUUCCCCCCUCCCCUUGAAAAUCCUAAUAGUUGUACAGAAUUUAAAAACAGAAAAGUUUAAAAAUACCUAUAUCAUAGAAGAAAAAAAUUAGAGGACAAAAAAAGCAAAAAAAAAAAAAAAACAUAGAAGUUAGCAUUAAUGCUACAAACCAAGAUGUUGUAGAACUGUAAUUUUUGUAGAGUUUAGAUUGAGCAUCAAUUCCUACUCUCUGCCAAUUUCUGUUGGGUGCUAGGUAUGUAGAGAGGAGACCCUGAACUCCUUUAAUACCUGCAAGCACUCCAGCUGUCUGACACAAAACGGAGGCAAAAACCCCCUCGAUCCUUGCAGACAACACAAUGGGAAACGAAAAGAGAAUCAAUCAAUCAGUCGAUCGAUCGAUCUCCCAGCUGUCGUUUUCUCGGGUAAUUCUGGCGAGAAGGUACACCACAGCUAGAAAACAAACGCUUGAUGUCUUCUUCAUGAGCUGCUCUGUCUGCAACUUCUAAUCUCACCUUCUGCUUCAGUAGGCUUCCAUAUUUGCUCCAGAGACUUUCAGGGCACGGGAGAACUGGGAACUUUAAUCUUAAAAAACCAACAAAAAACAAAAAACUUUAAAAAAAACUUAAAAAAAAGAAAGAAAAAGAAAAAAAUCACAAUCUUUGAAGAAUUUCUGAAACUGUUUACAAGGAAUUUUGAAAAACAGGGAUGUUUAAACGAUGCUGGCUCUGUUUUUCUGUAAAUAAAUUUGCAUAUUUUGUAGGACUUUUAAUUGUAAUGAUAGAGAAAAACAAGGAAAACUAUUUAAUGAAAGCACGAUAUUUAUCUUUGGUAAAUGACUUUAGAGCAGUUAAAAAAGACAUUGCUUAAAAAAAACUCAGAAUCAGAAAAACGAUGAAUUAUUUAAGAACACAUAUAUUUUAAAGUAUAUCAUAUUUAUUAUAAUUUAUUUCCACCAUUCUGGACUUGCUUUGACACUUAUGUCCCUCUCAUGACUAAGGGUAGUAGGGUGGGGGUGGGGGGUCUGAGAUUAAGAUUUCUUUCUGGUUUCUUUUGACUUUGAGUUUCAGCGCGGGGGGGAGCUUCUCCUCCUCUCAGGCUUCUUGCUUUCUUUCCUUCUUAAUGUGUUUUUUCCCUUGUUUUCUUCCUUUUGCUCCUCCUCCUAGGAAGUACAGAUGUGUAAUAACAACUGCAGUUCCAAACAACUGCUCUUUUAACUCUCAAUUCCCUAAAACUCCUUGUAACCUCUGUAACUAUUGGAUGAUGCUUUCUCCAGCUUAGCCCUAAAUAAAGCACAGUUUAAAAAAAACAAACAAACAACA